AUGCUUCGACGAGGACCCGAGCCGGGGGCCGUGCGCCGGCUGGCUCCUGCACCUUCCCAACCGAAGUCGCUCCCCAUUUGCCUCUUCCUGAGCGCCGUCCGGACUGGCACGCCGCCGCCGGCCCCUCCGCGAGCAAGGCUGCUCGGUGAGAGCGAGGAUCUGUCAGGAGACUCGCCGUUUCGAGCUGGGCGCUGCGGGUGCGGGGUUUUGGCGAGGAAAGAGCCUCCGCCCGUGCACGAGCACACCGCGGGGCCAAGGAGGAAACGCAAGGCCCGGGGCGAAGGGCGGAACACCCCUAUUGCGAUGUGUGGGCGGGGUGUGGGUGGGGGUGGGGUGCCCCCUCUUACGCGGCAGGAGCCCAAGAGGCAGCGCGAGGGACAACUGCGCUCAAACGCGGUGAUGAAACUCCCUUGCGGGGGCGGCGCUUGGCGGUGUUCGUGUUGCGCGGCGGCGUUGCAUGAUUAA